UUGGCACUGAGGAUGGGGUGUACCAUGGCAGCGUGCCCCCUGUCCUGCCUCCUCCUCAUCCUAUCCUUCAUCCUGACGGGGCCCAGCCUGGCCCAGGACCUCACCAGCUCCACCACCGCUGGCCCGGACACUGUCCAAACCCAGACAGACAAUCAGACAGCUCCGAUGACCCCCACCACGACGGAGCCCGUCACCACGCUAGUAACCACAGAGUUCAGCGGCAUGUCGACGCCCAGCGGCGACAUCGUGGAUGAUGAGGAUGCCAUCCCUACCAAAGGCACCCGUUGCCAAGGUUACUACGAUGUGAUGGGCCAGUGGGACCCACCUUUCAACUGCAAUAUGGGUGUUUUCGUGUACUGCUGUGGUACCUGCUUCUACCGCUUCUGCUGCCAGUUCAGAGGGCAGCGGCUCGACCAGAGUAUCUGCUCGAACUAUGACACACCCAUCUGGGCCAACACGGGCAAGCCCAUCACCACGGUGACCGAGGGCCAUGGGAACCAGGAGAGAGACCGCACCCAUAUGAUUGUCUACAUCAUCUGUGGAGUGGUGGCCAUCAUGGUGCUGGUGGGCAUCUUCACCAAGCUGGGCCUGGAGAAGAGCAGGGGAUCGGCAGGGGCACAGAACGACCUCAGCAACUCCAGGGAAUAUGACCUGCUCCAGAAAGUGAGAGGGAGAGAGAGAGAGCGAGGAGAAGAAAGGCACAAAGGAAAAGAGACAAAGAGAGGAAGGAGAUCACAAUAUGGCCAGAGGACCCUGACAGAGCUUCUGAAGCAGCCCAGAGGAGAGGUUAGCUCAGUGGACAGCACAAUCACCAACCCCCCUAUCGAAACCAACUACAUCUCAGCUAGGAUGCUACGCAGCCGCAGCGAGCACUACCACCUGAACAAUUCAUCCUUAUACCCAGGAAUGCCACACCCUCAUAGCAACCUCAGUGGACUGGGCCUCAACAAGUACAACUCCCUCAGGGCUGUGGCGGACACUGCCUCUAGGGGAUACUAUAAGAGCUACCCUUUGAUGGACUUCUCCCAGUACCAGGCAGCUCCAGCCUUCCAGCCCAUCUCCCUGCACCCCAAGGACAAGUCCUACCUUCACCAGGACCACCACCAGCUCCCCACCCACCACAACCUCCACGCCCCCCUCUCCAUCUCCAUCCCCCAGAGCCACCCGGAGAGGUCCCGCCUGUCCAAGACCACCAGCCACCCCCUGUUCUCUAGCUCGGCCUUGAAAGCCUGGGACACCAGUGGACACUACGUCCAGAGGCAGGCCUCCCAGCCUGGGCACAUCUCAGCCCAUCAGCAUGCCUAUUCCACCAGGAGACUGCACAGCGUAGAGAAUUUCCCGGAGAUGUUCAACCACCCUGUGUCAUACGGCCACCCAUCCUCCUACCACCACACCAGGCAUAAGAGCUAUUCCACCAACAGCAAGACAGAGGUCACUGUCUGAGAAUGGAGCUCUGAGUUCCUCUGUACCUACAAUGAUACAGAAACAGAUACAAAAAUGUACAGGAUAGAGAGGAGUGUCUAAAAGUGUUUAAAAGAUACUGGAUGAAGGGGGGUUAAAAGAUAGGGCAACAAUGCAUCAGCAUCGCCGUCCACCACCAUGACUCAAGUACAAUAACUGAACCACAAAGAUCCCCAAGACAUUGAUAAUGCAAGAGAAACACUGUCGCUCUCGGAACACCUCUGAGCCUCUCGGUCUCUAUGUCUACCACAACUCCUUGUUGCUCGGAACCUUUCUUUAACUCUACCACAUCUCUCCUUGCAUUCUUCUCUGAUCUUGUUCUUUCGCCUAUAUCCUCUAUUUCCCACUCCCACAGCUCCCCCCUCUCUCAGCCCUUAGAAGCGCUGUGUUCAGGCCUUUAGAGGGAUGAUGGCACCCCCGGGGCCACAUUAACUCGACAGGGACAAUGCCAUCCUCACGUCAGCUCCAAUCAGCCUCCGCCCCAGCGCAAGACAGAGAGAGAGAGAGGGAGAGAGACAGGUAGGGAGAUAGUGGGAAAUCACUCUAGGGAUCUUUAGAGGAAAGCCGGAUGACAGGAGUGGACAAAGUAUAUAUGUACAGAUUUUUCUUCCCUGGGGGUGAAAUGAAGGAGUCAUUGUGGAUCUGGAGACUGUAUAGCCUGGGUGCCAGUCUGUUUCUGCUCUCUUGCCAACUCCUUAUGGAAUUGUCAUGGCUUGACAAUGACAAUGGAGUAGGCAAUGGCACAAACAGAUCUGGGACCAGGCUAGAGACUGGGUCUUGGUGGAAUGUUUAUGAGUGCGUGUGAGUAUGUGAGGACACACUGGGCUGUCAGUGUAAGUGAAUUCGCUGCGGCAUCUCAGACCCCAGAGGAGGUCUUCCGUGUUUUCCCCUGAUGCACGGACAGUAAAGGGCACAGACAAGAGCUCUAGAGGUGUUGCUAAGGCUACCAGACUCUCUUUAAAUGGCAAUGGAUGUACCCUAUUCUACAAGUGGUGCAUCUAUUUGUUUACCAGGACUAUGAUUAACCACUGAGGUAGAAUAAAGAAACAAAACUAUUGUUGAAAAGUAGGAUACUUGUACAUGACUAAAUGACACAUAACAGGCAGGGGACUAGUGAUAGCAGCAUCUUUGGUCAGGUGCAGUAGUUCUAAAACCCAGACAAUGGUGCAGAAAUGUGUAAGGACCAAUGAAGUCUAAUCGACGCUACGGUCUCUCGGAAGGUAUUGGGUUGAGCACAAACUCACCCUAAAGAGGUACACACAUGUAGUCUUGUAGGACCAUCCUGCGAUCUAGCAAGAUCAGGAUGGCCAUACGAGGCUAACACACAUGGCCAAUGUACUAGCUGCACACUUCAGAUUAAACCACUUCCAGAAGUGCUAAUGCUAAUGAAGGCAAUGAAUACAACUAAACUCUUUACAUGAGUCAUGAUCAUGAUGCAUUACUACCCCUUACCUCGCACAUCCCUACCCUUCCUCCUUUUCGACAAGUAGUCUAACGUUUAAGAGUGUGUGCGCCAGUAACCGAAAGGUCACUGGUUCAAAUCCCCAAGCCGACUAGAUGAAAAAUAUGUCAAUGUGCCCUUGAGCAAGGCACUUAACCCUAAUUGUGCCUGUAAGUCACUCUGAAUAAAUGACUAACAUGUAAUCUUCUCUCUAUUCCUCCUCAUCUUCUCUCUAUUCCUCCUCUACCAUUUUCUAAUCAGCUCCUCUCCAGUUGUAACCGUAGCCUUCUUUCAUCUCUUCCCUCUCUCGGCUCUCUCAUCAAGUCUCUAUUCACCCCAUCUUUUGGAGAGCUAUUUUCUUUCUCAUUCCCUCCCAAUCACUCGCUCAUGUUCCAUCUGUUCUCUGGCUCUAGGCGGUGUAACUGAUAGUCCUUUGGACCCCUGCUCUGUUUCCCAGUCCCAUCACCCCACGUCCCACAGCCCCAGAAUGCAGGUUUGCUUGCGUGUGUAUGUAUGUGUUUCAGGGCAGUGGGCUGAGACAAGGGCAUGUGUACUCUCACAUGAACAUGAUUGAAACUACCAGACACUGUUUAAAUGACUCUCGCGCCAAUAGCAGCUUUUAAAACAAAUGUUUUGACGACAAGAACAGAAAACAGACCCAUUUUCAGCUAAGUUUUCCACUGAAUGCUUCCUGUCCUCAACUGAAAACCGAACAUAGCCUAUGCAAUGCCAAACCUGUAACACUGUAUCAACAUCAACACGCUAGCAUUACACCCUCACAACAAAUUGUAAGAUACCACCACCACAAUGACUACCGCAACUGGUCAUAACCAUGUCAUAACAGCUGACAUAACUUGCCAUAACAUGUCAUAAUGGUCAUAACACUGUCAUGACCCAUCUAUUUUCACCUGUUGUGAUAUAUAUUGUGUUAUUUUAUGGCUGGUUAUGACACCUACAUACGAAACCCACAUUUUUUUCAAUUUCUUAAAAUGCGUUUUAAAAUCC